ACUCUUUCUCUCAAGAGGAGGCAAGUGGCUGUGGCGGCCGCAGCAGUGGCUGAUCAUCACUGAAAAUACCAAAGAAAAGAACUGAGCUGCCUCCUUCAUAUUUUUUCCAUUGAGGAUUAAUUUACCGUGCUUUUUCAUUUUCUCUACAUCCUGCAAAAGCUUUUUUUCUCUCCUAAGAAACAAACUAUGAACUGAUUGUUGAAAAAAAGAAGUAAAAAGUUUUAGCACAGCUUCUCUGUCUCUUCGGGACAAGUUAGAAAAUUCUGAAGUGAGCCGAAGCAUAGUAAGUGCUUUCUUUCUUUUUAAGCUACUUCUGGGGAGGGAGGAGGCUAUUGUAAUGGUAAAUUUCACUCCGAGAGGAAGAAAGGGUUGAUAAUCAAUCAAAAAUGAGGUAUUCCUUUGAGUAUUUGUGAUUUUCUUACUAUAUUGUAAGAUGCUUUUAAUUUUCUCUGUAAAAUAGGCAGAAAUGGUUUUAGUGUGUGUAUGUGUGAAAUAAAAGCUCAAAAAAGCAAUCUUCAGAGCGCCACUGAAGGAAGUUUUGACGAACGGAGUAGAGAUGUAUACCACUUGGGGGCUUCAGUGAGAACCCAGAAUUCCUGGAGGAGGAUUUACAUUCAGAAAUGUUGAAGUGAAAAUUCCUUCUGGUUCAGCAUCUUGGAGUUCAGCUUGGAAGAACAUUUUACGUAUGGAAGAAUUUGCUUCUCCAAACCUCUCUUUUGGCCAUUGUGUGUCCUGAAGGAUGGGACAACUUGUGCUGUAGAAGCACUGCUUGCCUGAAUUUGCUUCAGGCGUUUUAAAUUUAACUUGAGGGAUCAUGUGUUUGGCAUGAUGAGGACCACUGAAAACUUCCACAAGCCUAGUGCCACAUUAAACUCUAACACGGCCACCAAGGGAAGGUACAUUUAUCUGGAGGCAUUCCUGGAGGGAGGAGCUCCCUGGGGUUUUACUCUAAAAGGUGGCCUGGAGCACGGAGAACCAUUAAUCAUCUCUAAGGUCGAAGAAGGGGGCAAAGCAGACACCCUGAGCUCCAAACUGCAGGCCGGGGAUGAGGUUGUGCACAUCAAUGAGGUGACUCUGAGCAGCUCCAGAAAGGAGGCAGUUUCCCUGGUGAAAGGAUCCUACAAGACCCUCAGGCUGGUAGUGCGCAGAGAUGUGUGCACAGACCCAGGCCAUGCAGAUACUAGUGCCUCUAACUUCGUCAGCCCAGAACACCUCACCUGUGGCCCCCAGCACAGGAAAGCAGCGUGGUCAGGAGGGGUUAAACUUCGGCUGAAGCACAGGCGCAGUGAGCCUGCAGGCCGACCUCACUCGUGGCACACAACUAGAUCUGGGGAGAAGCAACCCGAUGCCAGCAUGAUGCAGAUAUCUCAGGGUAUGAUCGGCCCUCCUUGGCACCAAAGCUACCAUUCCAGCUCAUCUACUAGUGACCUCUCCAACUAUGACCAUGCCUAUCUAAGGCGGAGCCCUGACCAGUGCAGCUCCCAGGGGAGCAUGGAGAGCCUGGAGCCCAGUGGGGCAUACCCACCCUGUCAUCUUUCCCCUGCCAAGUCCACCGGCAGCAUUGACCAGCUCAGCCACUUCCAUAACAAGAGAGACUCGGCUUACAGCUCUUUCUCCACCAGUUCUAGCAUCCUAGAGUAUCCACACCCUGGCAUCUCUGCCCGGGAGCGUUCAGGCUCCAUGGACAAUACUUCUGCUCGAGGUGGCCUCCUCGAAGGGAUGAGGCAGGCAGAUAUUCGCUAUGUCAAGACAGUGUAUGACACCCGGAGGGGAGUCUCAGCAGAGUAUGAGGUGAACUCUUCAGCCCUGCUGCUUCAAGGUAGGGAGGCCCGAGCCUCAGCAAAUGGUCAGGGCUAUGAUAAAUGGUCUAAUAUUCCUCGGGGCAAGGGAGUGCCACCCCCAUCCUGGAGCCAGCAGUGCCCCAGUUCCUUGGAGACUGCUACGGACAACCUUCCUCCUAAGGUGGGUGCACCCCUGCCUCCAGCUCGGAGUGACAGUUACGCAGCAUUUCGGCACCGUGAGCGGCCCAGCUCCUGGUCUAGCCUUGAUCAGAAACGGCUCUGCCGGCCUCAGGCAAACUCUUUAGGCUCCCUGAAGUCUCCAUUCAUAGAGGAGCAGCUGCAUACUGUGCUGGAGAAGAGUCCAGAGAACAGCCCCCCAGUGAAGCCCAAGCAUAACUAUACCCAGAAGGCCCAACCUGGCCAACCUCUGCUGCCGACCAGCAUCUACCCGGUACCUUCCCUGGAGCCACACUUUGCCCAGGUGCCUCAGCCUUCUGUGAGUAGCAACGGUAUGCUCUACCCUGCACUGGCCAAGGAGAGUGGAUACAUAGCCCCUCAGGGAGCAUGCAACAAGAUGGCUACCAUUGAUGAGAAUGGGAACCAGAAUGGAUCUAGCAGGCCUGGGUUUGCCUUCUGCCAGCCCUUAGAACAUGACUUGCUGUCCCCGGUGGAGAAGAAACCAGAAGCUACAGCCAAGUAUGUCCCCUCCAAAGUCCAUUUCUGUUCAGUGCCUGAAAAUGAGGAGGAUGCCUCCCUGAAGAGACAUCUCACACCUCCCCAAGGCAACAGCCCACAUUUCAAUGAGAGAAAGAGCACCCACAGCAACAAACCAUCUUCUCAUCCCCAGAGCCUCAAAUGCCCUCAGGCUCAGGCCUGGCAAGCGGGUGAAGACAAGAGAUCUUCCAGGCUCUCAGAGCCCUGGGAGGGCGAUUUCCAGGAAGACCACAAUGCCAACCUCUGGAGGAGGCUGGAGAGAGAAGGCCUAGGCCAGAGCCUGUCAGGCAACUUUGGCAAGACCAAGUCAGCCUUCUCAUCUCUCCAGAACAUUCCUGAGAGUCUGAGAAGACACAGCAGCCUGGAGCUAGGCCGGGGAGCCCAGGAGGGUUACCCCGGGGGCAGGCCCACCUGUGCAGUCAACACCAAGGCAGAAGACGCUGGGAGGAAAGCUGCUCCUGACCUCGGGAGCCAUCUGGACCGGCAGGUUUCCUACCCGCGGCCCGAGGGGAGGACCGGUGCCUCGGCUUCUUUCAACAGCACAGACCCAAGUCCCGAAGAGCCGCCUGCCCCCUCGCACCCGCACACAUCCAGUCUGGGCCGGAGGGGGCCCGGCCCAGGCAGCGCCUCGGCUCUUCAGGGCUUUCAGUACGGGAAGCCCCACUGCUCGGUGCUGGAGAAGGUCUCCAAAUUCGAGCAGCGAGAGCAAGGGAGCCAGAGACCGAGUGUGGGCGGCUCUGGUUUUGGCCAUAACUAUAAGCCCCACAGGACCGUCUCAACUUCCAGUACUUCUGGGAAUGACUUCGAGGAGACAAAAGCACACAUCCGUUUCUCUGAGUCAGCUGAACCCCUAGGCAACGGGGAGCAGCACUUCAAAAACGGGGAGCUGAAGUUGGAAGAGGCUUCCCGGCAGCCCUGCGGUCAGCAGCUGAGCGGAGGAGCGUCGGACAGCGGCCGUGGCCCCCAGAGGCCGGACGCUCGGCUCCUCCGUAGCCAGAGCACCUUCCAGCUCUCCAGCGAGCCAGAGAGGGAGCCCGAGUGGCGGGACAGGCCCGGCUCGCCCGAGUCGCCCCUGCUGGAUGCCCCCUUCAGCCGCGCCUACCGGAACAGCAUCAAGGACGCACAGUCCCGUGUCUUGGGGGCCACCUCCUUUCGACGUCGAGACCUGGAGCUGGGGGCGCCCGUGGCGUCGAGGUCCUGGCGGCCGCGGCCUUCCUCGGCCCACGUGGGGCUGCGGAGCCCCGAGGCGUCGGCCUCCGCCUCCCCGCACACGCCCCGCGAGCGGCACAGCGUGACCCCUGCUGAGGGCGACCUGGCCAGGCCCGUGCCCCCUGCCGCCCGGAGAGGGGCUCGCCGGCGCCUGACUCCCGAGCAGAAGAAGCGCUCCUACUCGGAGCCCGAGAAGAUGAAUGAGGUGGGGGUCGUGGAGGAGGCCGAACCGGCACCCCUGGGCCCGCAGAGAAAUGGGAUGCGUUUCCCGGAGAGCAGCGUGGCGGACCGGCGCCGUCUCUUCGAGGGCGAUGGCAAGGCCUGCUCCACGCUCAGCCUGUCGGGGCCCGAGCUGAAGCAGUUCCAGCAGAGCGCCCUGGCGGACUACAUCCAGCGCAAGACGGGCAAGCGGCCUACCUCCGCCGCCGGCUGCAGCCUCCAGGAGCCCGGGCCACUGCGCGAGCGCGCCCAGAGUGCCUACCUCCAGCCCGGCCCCGCGGCGCUCGAAGGCUCCGGCCUCGCCUCGGCCUCCAGCUUGAGCUCACUGCGGGAGCCCAGCCUGCAGCCCCGCAGGGAGGCCACGCUCUUGCCGGCCACAGUUGCAGAAACCCAGCAGGCUCCCCGAGAUCGCAGCAGCUCCUUCGCCGGUGGCCGCCGCCUCGGGGAACGGCGACGCGGGGACCUGCUUAGCGGAGCAAACGGUGGAACAAGGGGCACCCAGAGAGGGGAUGAGACCCUCAGGGAGCCAUCCUCCUGGGGGGCCAGGGCCGGGAAGUCCAUGUCGGCCGAGGACCUGCUGGAACGCUCGGACGUCCUCGCGGGCCCUGUCCACGUGAGGUCCAGGUCAUCUCCCGCCACCGCAGACAAGCGCCAGGAUGUGCUUUUGGGGCAAGACAGUGGCUUUGGUCUUGUGAAGGAUCCAUGUUAUUUGGCUGGUCCUGGAUCUAGGUCACUCAGUUGUUCAGAAAGAGGCCAAGAAGAGAUGCUGCUGCUCUUCCACCAUCUCACCCCUCGUUGGGGUGGUUCAGGCUGCAAAGCCAUUGGUGAUUCCUCCGUUCCUAGUGAAUGUCCUAGAACCCUGGACCAUCAGAGGCAAGCCAGUAGGACACCCUGCCCCAGGCCACCACUGGCAGGAACGCAAGGGCAGGUCACAGACACCAGGGCUGCACCCCUGACCCCAAUUGGCACCCCUCUGCCUUCAGCCAUUCCCUCUGGCUACUGCUCACAGAACGGUCAGACAGGGCGACAGCCUCUCCCGCCCUACACCCCUGCCAUGACCCACAGAAGCAAUGGUCACACCCUGACCCAGCCUCCCGGUCCAAGAGGCUGUGAGGGCGAUGGCCCGGAGCAUGGGGUAGAAGAGGGAACGAGGAAGAGGGUCUCGCUGCCUCAGUGGCCACCUCCUUCUCGAGCAAAGUGGGCCCACGCAGCCAGAGAGGACAGCCUUCCUGAGGAAUCCUCAGCCCCUGAUUUUGCAAACCUGAAGCACUAUCAAAAACAGCAGAGUCUUCCAAGUUUAUGCAGCACUUCUGACCCAGACACACCUCUUGGGGCCCCGAGCACUCCAGGGAGGAUCUCCCUCCGAAUAUCUGAGUCUGUCCUGCGGGACUCCCCGCCACCUCAUGAGGAUUAUGAAGACGAAGUGUUUGUGAGGGAUCCGCACCCCAAGGCCACGUCCAGCCCCACAUUUGAACCUCCUCCCCCACCCCCACCUCCUCCACCGAGUCAGGAAACCCCGGUGUAUAGCAUGGAUGACUUCCCUCCACCUCCUCCCCACACUGUGUGUGAGGCGCAGCUGGACAGUGAGGAUCCCGAGGGGCCGCGCCCCAGCUCCAACAAACUUUCUAAAGUGACAAUUGCAAGGGAAAGGCACAUGCCUGGUGCAGCCCAUGUGGUAGGUAGUCAGACACUGGCUUCCAGACUCCAAACUUCCAUCAAGGGUUCAGAGGCUGAGUCCACACCACCCUCCUUCAUGAACGUUCACGCCCAACUUGCUGGGUCUCUUGGUGGGCAGCCAGCACCCAUCCAGACUCAAAGCCUCAGCGAUGAUUCAGUCAAUGGAACUCAGGGUUUAGAAAAGAAAGUCAGUUCUGAUCCUCAGAAGAGUUCAGAAGACAUCAGAACAGAGGCUUUGGCCAAGGAAAUUGUCCACCAAGACAAAUCUCUAGCAGACAUUUUAGAUCCAGACUCCAGGCUGAAGACAACAAUGGACCUGAUGGAAGGUUUGUUUCCUCGAGAUGUGAACUUGCUGAAGGAAAACAGUGUAAAGAGGAAGGCCAUACAGAGAACUGUCAGCUCUUCAGGAUGUGAAGGCAAGAGGAAUGAAGACAAGGAAGCAGUGAGCAUGUUGGUUAACUGCCCUGCCUACUACAGUGUGUCUGCUCCCAAGGCUGAGCUACUGAACAAAAUCAAAGAGAUGCCAGCAGAAGUGAAUGAGGAAGAGGAACAGGCAGAUGUCAAUGAAAAGAAGGCUGAGCUCAUUGGAAGUCUCACCCACAAGCUGGAGACCCUCCAGGAGGCGAAGGGGAGCCUGCUCACGGACAUCAAGCUCAACAACGCCCUGGGAGAAGAGGUGGAGGCUCUGAUCAGCGAGCUCUGCAAGCCCAAUGAGUUUGACAAGUAUAGGAUGUUCAUAGGGGAUUUGGACAAGGUGGUCAACCUGCUGCUCUCCCUCUCGGGGCGUCUAGCCCGUGUUGAGAAUGUCCUUAGCGGCCUUGGUGAAGAUGCCAGUAAUGAAGAAAGGAGCUCUCUUUACGAGAAAAGGAAGAUCCUGGCUGGUCAGCAUGAGGAUGCCCGGGAGCUGAAGGAGAACCUGGAUCGCAGGGAGCGGGUAGUGCUGGGCAUCUUGGCCAAUUACCUUUCAGAGGAGCAGCUCCAGGACUACCAGCACUUCGUGAAAAUGAAGUCAACGCUCCUCAUUGAGCAGCGGAAGCUGGAUGACAAGAUCAAGCUGGGCCAGGAGCAGGUCAAGUGUCUGCUGGAGAGCCUACCCUCAGAUUUCAUUCCCAAGGCUGGGGCCCUGGCUCUGCCCCCAAACCUCACGAGUGAGCCCACUCCUGCUGGGGGCUGUACUUUCAGUGGUAUUUUCCCAACAUUAACCUCUCCACUUUAACCUCUUCUAAAAUACCCAACCAAAAGAUCACUGUUUCUCUCAACACUAUUUAAUCUGAAAAAUGUUUCAGUACAAACCACUGUUUGAACUAUCUGGGUUAUUGGUGUUUGUUCCUGAUGAAAGGAAAAAAAUUCUCUCCAGGAGGAAGCCUUUUUCCUUCUUGCCCUUCCUGAUUGAUCUUCUGAGAGCUCGAAUGCUGCUGGACAUGUACCCCUUUCUAUUAUUACUUUGUAGUAGAAAGAAAGUUAAUGAAACUGAGAACUGAUUGGAGGGUGUUUGAUCAUUUAGUUUUUAACAGGCUGAGGCAACAUGGAUCAGUGUGUGUCCCCCUCAGGAAUGUAUCCACAGUGGCCUUCCUUGCUGGUGGGCAGUGUAUCCUGAUGGCAGGGUACAAGUACCAUUAAUGAAGGGUCUGCAACAUAAAGCCUUAAAAAGACACACACUAAGAAAACUGUAAAACCUUGAACAUUGUUAUUUAUAUUUUUUAAAAUGGAAAAGAUCAUUAUGUUUGUUGUGCUAACCACUUAUUUGAUUCUGUUUUGUGGUGGACAUAGAUGAUUACGUUUGAGCUUUGUAUUUUGUGAAAACCUUAAUGAAAUGAAUUCCAAAGAUAGUCACGUUGAGCGUGAAGACUUUUUUUCUUACAUUCUUGUCUUAUUUUUACCAACACGAGCAGGCAUUCUGCGCUUCCACUGGACUGAGUAUGGGGGAGUCCUGCUCCCCUCCUGUCUCACACCUUCCCCAGGAAGAAGGCCUCAUGCACUGCGGUUAUUGCAUCGUUUCCUAGUGCUUCAUGUCAUUAUCACUGGUGGGGAAACAAAGCUAAAUUUUAUUAACAAAGACAACUCUCAGACCUAUAUAAUAGGAGGAGGACGUCCAGAAUCCAACAAAAUUCAAACGGAGCCCAUGCUGUUCUCCUGAACAAGAUUUGGGCUAAAUACGGCCUGUUUAUUGAGGCUGUUUUAAUGAUGCUUUAAAAAAAAAAUGUUUUCUAAAAUGUCAAACCUGUUGACCACACUUUGAUUAAAAACUGCCUCCUUAACCUCUGAAGACUGAUUUUGCUUUAUCAUGUUUCAAUAGUAACAUUUCAGAGGUUACUCUGUAGCCCCAGUUGUAAGCUUAUAAAAACAAACUGGAAGGCUGAGGAGGUUAUGGGCUGGCAGCCAGGCUAUGUUUACAGCUGCUGGAGAUGGCAGUAGCCUUAUACUUUGAGCAGGUAGUACAUCCCAGGCUGUGCUAUAGGUAGAUUUGUUUUUUCACGUUUGAUCUGUGGCUGGUGGCCACCUUUGUUGAUUUGGGCUUACGAGUUUCCUAGUAGCCAGUCUUAGAAAAUUGGGGGAGUAAAAUUUUGAAGUAAAAAAAAAAAUGACAAGGGAACCAAAUGCUCCUUCUCCCCUUAGUACAUUUUCAUUACUUAAUGAAGUUUUAUCUCCUAUGUAAGAAUAUCAAAAUUGUAGUUUGGGUCUCCAGUAGAGAUGUCUUUUGAUUAACUUAUAAACAACUGGCCACCCAGAAGUUUCCUUUGCAUAGUCAACCAAAGCCAUGGCUUUGUUCUUUGGAGCUUAUAUACUGCAUGACUCCAUUGAUACAAAUAAGACAGCACCUUGGUUUCCCAGGGAUGUUUUCAUUCAGAGGUCCUGUCUCCCAGGGAAGCAGUAGAACCAGUGACAGCAUUCAACAGCCACACUGCAUGGUCAUCAGUCUUAGGCCAACAUGGGAGCCUGAAAUUAACUCCAUCAGUAACUACCUGUGUGUCUUGCUGAUACUGAAUGAGCCCUCACAAGCCAAGCCAGGUGGAAGACAGCCAGCAAACGUCUACAGUUAUUCUUAGUGAAAUUCCUCAGAGGAAUCCAGGGGGCUCCCAGUUCCCAACACUCUUCGAGAUGACCAUUUUUCGAGAUUUGACUGGGGAACAUUUUACAUAUUCAGUCUUUCUCAAAAACGUUUAUUUAUUUUCUUGAGAAAGGGUCUUACUAUGUUGCCCAGGCUGGAGUGCAGAGUGGUGCAAUCACAGCUCAUUGCAGUCUGAACCUCUGAGGCUCAAGCCAUCCUCCCAUCUCAGCCUCCCAAGUAGCUGGGACCACAGGUGUGCACCACUAUGCUUGGCUAAUUUUUUGAUUUUUUAUAGAGACGGGGGUCUCGCUAUGUUGCCCAGGCUGGUUUCAAACUCCUGGGCUCAAGGGAUCCUUCCACUUUGGUCCCAGAAGUGCUGGGAUUACAGGCAUGAGCCACUUCACCCAGCCACUUUUCUAAUUUAUAGACAUAAAAGUAAUUGACUCCCACAGCACAGUAACAGGCAAUGCUGCUUGGCAUGCCACAAACAUCUGAAAG